AUGAUUUAUAGCACACUGCUCAUCGGGACCUUUGUUCUCUAUCUAGUAUGGACUGGGGCAAGCUGGACUCGACAAAUUCGCCGGGCCACUGCGACCAGCCUGCAGUGGACAAUCUUUCCCUAUGCUGAGCUGAAUACCUUUUGGUUGACACUUUGCUCCUUCGAUUCUGUACUUCACAUCAUCAACCACUGGCUUCCUGCUUGGUUGGCAGACAUCGUCAACGACAAUGUGAUGACUCAUCAUUUCUGGGUCAAGGAUCGCCGUACAAAACAACUCGGCAAGCUCUAUAUGGUAGCAACUCCAGCUAACAUAUGUUGCCAUGUUGCGGAUGCGGCAGUGAUCUCUCAAAUAUGUAGCUCCCGGUCCGGCUUUCCGAAGCCGUUGGAAAUUUAUGGAUCAAUGAUGCUUUAUGGGCCCAAUGUGGUUGCUACCGAAGGGAAAGAAUGGACUCGCCACAGGCGGCAUACGAUCGCUGCCUUUGGGGAAAAGACUAUCAUGACUGUUUGGCAGGAGACUGUUCGACAGACGACCCAGAUGUUAGACCACUGGUCUGAAAAGCAUACUGUAGGGAUCAGUCUUGAGUUGAGUCCAAAGGAGGAUAUUCUGAAGCUCACAUUGAACGUGCUCUGUGCAGCCGGGUUUGGUGUGCAAUUGCCUUUUCAAGCAACUCCCAAAGCCGAUGACAGCAGUGUAUCAACCAUGUUCAGCGACACAGUACAACCACUUCCAGGGUUUCAGUUCACGUUGCGUGCCGUCAUGGAGUAUAUGAUGGGUCACUGGAAUUCGAUUUUCAUGGCCAAUACAAUGCUCCCUACAUGGCUGCCUCGCGCACUGGUUCCUUUCUUCAAGGAUGACUUCGCUGCCCACAAUGAUUUGGGAAAGUACAUGAAUGCCAUGAUCGCACAGGCCAAUCAAGAUAUACCCAAAGAAGGGCUCAGUGCACGAGGACAGAACGUGCUGCAGGGCCUUGUUCGUGCGCAGCACCUGACAGACGAAGAUGAAUCUAAAAGGAGCUCACUAAGUGAGAUUGAGGUGUUAGGCAAUACUCACGUUAUGAUGCUAGCCCACGAAAGCACCGGGGCAACCAUCCGUUUCGCCCUGGUAUUGUUGGCUCUGCACCAAGAUAUACAGGAAUGGAUGUAUCAAGCUAUCUGCGACGCCGUGAAGGAAAUCUCUACCAACCCAAAUGAAUGGGACUACACAACCGUUUAUCCUAAGUUGGUUGCACCCCUCUGUGUGAUGCUCGAGACGAUGCGAAUGUAUCCGCCCGCACCAGUCAUUCUCAGAACGGCUUCGCAGGAUGCUGAGCCGCUACAGCACGAAGGGGGGACUGUUGUGCUUCCUCCGGGGAGCCACGUCUGUUUCAACAUUACCAGUCUUCAUUACACCACCGAAUACUGGGGUCCUGAAGCCUCCAGGUUUGACCCUUCUCGUUGGGACCGAAAAAAUCGGAACAGCUUCUUGGCACAGAAUGAAGAUCAGCCUGGAAACGUUGCCGCCGGCCUCGAGUAUCCAACAAUCCACAAACCAAUCCGUGGGUCAUACAUUCCCUUCAGCGACGGCCUGCGUGCGUGCUUGGGCAAGAAAUUCGCCCAAGUUGAGUUUGUUGCCUUCCUAGCUGUGAUAUUCUCUCGAUACAAGGUUGAUUUUGCUUCUGCACCGGGUCAGAAGGGGAAAGCUCAAGAAAGGGCGAAGAAAGCGUUAGAGGAGAGCGUUUGUGCUGCUCUGGCAUUAGACAUGAUGCUUGAUGUACCUCUAUCAUUCACCCCCAGAGAUGAGGUGGAGGUUUGA